AUGUCUGCAAAACUUCCACUGGACUCCAAUUACGAUUUGGAGCAGCAAUUUAUUUUACGUAUGACGGAUCCUGCCGCGGCUGAAAAUUUGUCAGCCGACAUCGAAGCAGGCGUGUCUUUCAAAGGUGAAGAUACCGGACCACUGCGUGGCACGGCAGCCUAUUUGGACAAUCGUGCUGGUUCUCGAACAAAUGCGUUUGACCCGAGAAUGUUCUACGUCGUCGCUUUNCGCAAAUCCCGACGAAAACGUUUAAUCGAUAUGCCAAAAAUAGAGAAAGAGGUCAAGCAGUUGCUUCGCGCCGAUCUGGAAGCAGCUGCCGUCAAGUGGGAAGUGAUUUGGUCCGAUCCACCGAAUAGUAGUACUGCUUCACGGUCGAAUCAGUCGGGUGAUCGACAGAAUGAUGAUUCCACCCGGGCCGUCGGUUCCGGUGGUCUGGCGAGACAGGCGACCGCGGAUGAUGAACUGGAGGAAGAAGACGAAGAAGCCACACGUGUGUUCCCGGUCGAUCGUCGAGAUGUGUUUGGUGACUUGAGCAGCAGUAGCGCGGCCUCAAUGGACAGUAGUAAUCUGAGUGAGGAUGAUGCGGGUGACUUGGACGGGAAGGCCCCGACCGAAAUGCGGGAUCACGGUGAACCCGGUUCCACUCAGCAGGAUACAGUCGACCAAUCUCCGAAACAUGCAAUCUCCUCUUUUGGAAACACCGCUGGUCUGGGUUCUUUGAAGGACGAAUUGGCUGCCGGACUUCUUCUUUCUGAUUCCGGUGAAGAGGAUAGCGCAAUGGGCACUGUGAAAACCGAGGUCGAAUCUGGAUCCGAUGCAGUAGGCGUAUCAAAUCUUGAUCCGACCAACGAUUUUGAUUUCGACGGGGCGGCUCGAGUGGAUGAGGAUGAUUUAGAGGGUCAUUUGCAAGCGUCGGUCGCGGCUCAGUUGGUUGCACACGCGAGUGUCCAUGACGAUGAUGUGGUUCAGGUAGGUGUGGUGCACGAUGUGGACGAACUGGACGGUGUGGUUGGUGCCGAUGGUUGUAUUGAUCAUGGGGUCGCAGACGCCGAUGACGAUGAUGACGUGAUUCAUCCGGGUGGAGAGUUGUUAGAUGAUGCCGCUCUGAUCGGACUGAGCUCCUCUAGUGUUCCGCCAGGUACCGUUUUCCCUGCUCCUGAACAGGAUUCAGAGGAUGAUUCGUUGUGA